UCAUCGCUACAUACAUGUGAUGUCGAUGCAGCAACAGCAAAGACGAUAGCUUUCGAGGUGUCACUGAGAGAGAGAGAGAGAGAGAGAGAGAGAGAGGGGAAGUUAGAGAGGGCGAAAAGACAUCGUCGGUCGGCGAAGGCCUCUUCCCUUCGCCAGUCGCCUCAGGAAAUCCUGAUCGACUAGCGAAUUCCUUCCUUCCCUAGCCUCGCUGUUCUAGUACAAUGGCGGUCGCGCCUCAGGACGCCAUCAAACAGCUCUCCGCUCUGAUGGACGAAGUGGAUGAGCCGCGGAAGCGUACAUUUCAGAAUAUGCACCAGGGAUAUCCAACAGCAACGUUAGGGCGCUUUCUCAAGGCCAGAGAGUGGAGUGUUGCCAAAGCACAUAAGAUGCUGAUAGAUUGCUUAAACUGGAGGAUUCAAAAUCACAUCGAUGACAUCUUGACUAAACCUAUAAUACCAGCGGAAUUAUAUAGGGGGGUUCGUGACUCGCAACUUAUCGGAUUGUCAGGAUACUCAAAUGAGGGGCUUCCUGUUUUUGCAAUAGGUGUUGGCCUCAGCUCAUUUGACAAAGCGUCGGUAAACUACUAUGUGCAGUCACACAUUCAAAUCAAUGAGUAUCGAGAUACUGUAAUAUUGCCUGCUGCAACUAAGAAGUAUGGGCGGCAUAUUGGGACAUGUGUGAAAGUUUUGGAUAUGACUGGUCUGAAGCUUUCGGCACUGAGCCAUAUAAAGCUAUUAACCAUCAUAUCUACUGUCGAUGACCUUAACUAUCCUGAGAAGACAGAGACUUACUACGUAGUUAAUGCUCCAUAUGUAUUCUCAGCAUGUUGGAAGGUUGUGAAGCCUCUUCUACAAGAAAGGACAAGAAGGAAGGUACAAGUUCUGCAAGGUUGUGGCAGAAAUGAGCUGUUGAAGAUAAUGGACUAUUCUUCUCUUCCCCAUUUCUGUCGACGAGAAAAUUAUGGGUCAUCUCGGAUUUCAUCUGCUGGUGCUGAUGUCUGCUACUCCUUGGACCAUCCCUUCCACCAACAGCUCUACAACUACAUCAAGCAGGAAGCACUAACCCAGGAAUGUGUAUCACUCCUGAAGCAAGGAUCCUUCCACGUAGAUGUGCCUGGAGCUGACACCGAGGGAACAAAUAUAGUCAAGGCAUUAGAGUCUGAGCUCCACAAGAUCGGCGGCCAUGAUGGUCUCACUCACCCACUAAAUGGUCUCCGGAUCAAUGAUGCAUGAAGAUGGUACUAGAUGAGGAAACCAUUUGAAGCUGCACUGCAGAUGUGCCUUGCAUUUGUGCUGCUGAGCCUUCAACCAAAUUUGUUUUCAAGUAGGAAUAUUUAGGGUUCCACUAGAAGUCCUUGCAAUCACUUGAUGCAGGCUUUGAUGAGGAAGAUGGAGAGGCAAUGAAACCUUCUGCUGUUUUAACAAAUCAGGAACAGAAUGAAGGUUGGGACUCAUGUAAUUCUAUUGCCAGGAGACCAGUAUUUUGAGUACCAAACAUUGUAUAGGUUUAUCUAUAUCUAUAUUUUCACAUGA